UCUGUAGUUCAGUUUGAACAAAUAAAUAGAUCUGCCCACUGGUAUCUGUUACCAGGACAACCAGCAGAGGUCUGUUAGUCGACAGGAUGAUAGACUGGUAUCUGUUACCAGGACAACCAGCAGAGUUCUGUUAGUUGACACGAAGAUAGACUGGUAGCUGUUACCAGGACAACCAGCAGAGUUCUGUUAGUUGACAUGAAGAUAGACUGGUAUCUGUUACCAGGACAACCAGCAGAGUUCUGUUAGUUGACAGGAAGAUAGACUGGUAUCUGUUACCAGGACAACCAGCAGAGUUCUGUUAGUUGACAUGAAGAUAGACUGGUAUCUGUUACCAGGACAACCAGCAGAGUUCUGUUAGUUGACAGGAAGAUAGACUGGUGGAUAUGGAUGUUAUGAAUAUCAUAACACUGAAAAAGGAUUCUGCCAAUGAAAAGAGAGAAACCAAUAGACCAUAUAAAACCUUGAUGAAAGUUCGUUUUGGAGAGAAAGUUUCAAUGAUCCGUUGUAAGGUGCUUGUUUUACAAAAACUUUUCCUUAAAACAUUAUGGAUGUUACAUUGCCUGUCCCAGUCAACCCCCCUAUCUUUACAAGACUGUAGAACAGGCAAACUUAACUCCAGACACUGUUAAUUAAUUAACUAAUAUUGGAGGAAAGCUGUGAUCAGGCUGCCCUCUCAAGAGAAAGCUUUGAACUGUAACCAGUGCCUGCAACCUUGUUCAGGUUAUCAAUCAACCUACCAGGGUAGUUACAAACAGUACAGAAAUGAAAUCAUCCACAUAUUUGGAUCAUAUCUUUACUAAUGCUGCAGAUAUUUGUUUGAAAGCAGUAUCCAGAUUCUUUGGAUGUAGUGAUCACAAUAUAGUAGCCAUAUCUAGGAAAACCAAAGUUCCAAAAGGCUGGACCUAAUGUGCUAUUUAAGAGGUCAUACAAUUGUUUGUAGUGAUUCCUAUGUUGUUGAUGUUGUUGGGUUAUUUUUUUUCACAGUAAAUAACUCACGGACACUAGAGAAGCUUUAACCAAGUUUAAUUAUUCCCAAAGGUUUUGUACAGCUGUAAUUCAGACAACCCAACAUUUGUUCCAUCCAGAUAUACAGUGGGGCAAAAAUGUAUUUAGUCAGACACCAAUUGUGCAAGUUCUCCCACUUAAAAAGAUGAGAGAGGUCUGUAAUUUUCAUCAUAGGUACACUUCAACUAUGACAGACAAAAUGAGAAAAAAAAUCCAGAAAAUCGCAUUGUAGGAUUUUUAAUGAAUUUAUUUGCAAAUUAUGGUGGAAAAUAAGUAUUUGGUCAAUAACAAAAGUUUAUCUCAAUACUUUGUUAUAUACCCUUUGUUGGCAAUGACAGAGGUCAAACGUUUUCUGUAAGUCUUCACAAGGUUCAUUGGUGGCUGACUAAAUACUUUUUUGCCCCACGUUAUAUCUCACGUAAGACAUUCCUCCUCCUCUCCAAUCCUUACAUCUUAUGGUUCCACAGGAAGAGAGUAAAGAGGGUAACAGGAUACCAAACCUUUGUCUCCCUGAUGAGAAUCUGUCCUGACCUCAACCCCUCCUUCAUCUAAUCCACAGAUGUCCAUCUGUCUCCCCUGUUUCACACUUGCUUUCCUCUCGUCCACCCAACACAUAGAUAAUGUGUUACUGGUGUAUAGAAGAGUAGGAUUGGUUAACACUGCUCUACACUCUCCUAGAUAAUGUGUUACUGGUGUAGAGAGGAGUAGGAUUGGUUAACACUGCUCUACACUAUCCUAGAUAAUGUGUUACUGGUGUAGAGAGGAGUAGGAUUGGUUAACACUGCUCUACACUCUCCUAGAUAAUGUGUUACUGUUGGUGGUAGUGGAGGACCAGGAUUGGUUAACACUGCUCUACACUAUCCUAGAUAAUGUGUUACUGUUGGUGGUAGUGGAGGACCAGGAUUGGUUAACACUGCUCUACACUAUCCUAGAUAAUGUGUUACUGGUGUAGAGAGGAGUAGGAUUGGUUAACACUGCUCUACACUAUCCUAGAUAAUGUGUUACUGUUGGUGGUAGUGGAGGACCAGGAUUGGUUAACACUGCUCUACACUAUCCUAGAUAAUGUGUUACUGGUGUAGAGAGGAGUAGGAUUGGUUAACACUGCUCUACACUCUCCUAGAUAAUGUGUUACUGGUGUAGAGAGGAGUAGGAUUGGUUAACACUGCUCUACACUCUCCUAGAUAAUGUGUUACUGGUGUAGAGAGGAGUAGGAUUGGUUAACACUGCUCUACACUCUCCUAGAUAAUGUGUUACUGGUGUAGAGAGGAGUAGGAAGGAUGCAGUCUCAGGUUUGGAAAGACUGAAUUUAUUUCAGCACCAACAGAUCAAAGCGGAACAAAACCCAAACGUUGUUGUGCUCAAAUUAUAUCUUCAUUAACAAAAAGGCACAGGGUGAACUAUAUAAAGGACUCAGGAAAUAGUAGGAGAGAUUCCUCUCAGGAAAACAAGUAACAUUUACAAAUGACCGACAAAAAGACGAAUGUCAGAGGGAGUGUAUAUAUACAGUGAUAGAGGGGCGAUUGGAACCAGGUGCGUGUAAUGAUGAUGAGACAAGUCCAGGGGUUGAUGAGUGAAGGGCGUUGGACAGCAGUAGGUUCGGCAGCAGCUAGAAGGCUGGGGGUUGAUGAGUGAAGGGCGUUUGACAGCAGUAGGUUCGGCAGCAGCUAGAAGGCCGGGGGUUGAUGAGUGAAGGGCGUUUGACAGCAGUAGGUUCGGCAGCAGCUAGAAGGCCGGGGGUUGAUGAGUGAAGGGCGUUUUACAGCAGUAGGUUCGGCAGCAGCUAGAAGGCCGGGGGUUGAUGAGUGAAGGGCGUUUGAUAGCAGUCGGUUCGGCAGCAGCUAGAAGGCCGGGGGUUGAUGAGUGAAGGGCGUUUGACAGCAGUUUGUUCGGCAGCAGCUAGAAGGCCGGCAACGCUGAACGCCUAGACUGGACAGGAGGGGGAGCCAAAGCGAAGUCUGGUGUGACAUAAUGAGAGAAAAUCAAUAGAAUAUUUAAUAUAUUUUCUCAAAUUCCGUUUUCUCCGUUUAGUAAUUUUCCAGGUUUCUGAUAUUGUCUCUGUUUUUCAGUUUUUCGCUCUCAAAAUCACAUUGUUAAUAGAAAAACAACAAAAGGAGACCACUUUUGUCGUCUGAGAAAAAUCUAAGACAGUUUCAUUUUUGGGUGUAGAUAUCCUUUAAUUCAAGUGGCACCAGCAAGAGCCUUGCUUGGUUAGUGGUGUCUCUGUAGCACACAUGUGAUUGCAGAGUUUGCUGAACAAAUCACAACUGGAUUGAUGCAAAUAAUCAUGAUAUCAUUCUGCCAGGUAGGCAUAGACUACUUUGUAGUUGACAUUUAAUUGAAAAGGUUUGUGGGAAAACUUGACUUAAAUGUAAAUGUAAAUGUAAAACUUUUCCAUCAACCAGAAGAUGGUUGUCAUUAGCAUCAUCGCUAAAAACUACACAUAGUGGUAGACAAAUGGACUCAGACAGGGGCAUUUCCUGGCUGUUUCCUCUUCAGAAAGUUGAAGGAAAAUACAAAUCACUGAGGUGAAUUUAAAAACGACUUGCAGGCAGUGGGUUAAAAAUAACUAUGACAAAAAAGGAAUACAAAUUAUACCACCACCCAAAAGGGCACUUUAGAGACAGGAAGGGCAAAGGGGCAUGUGCUCUACACAGGUAGAGUCCUAUCUGUCCAUGUUGCCUUUUGCAAAGUGGGCACUGCUUUAUGUGCUAACACUCACCUAAAUAUCCCAUAUGCCACUGGGUGAGAAGUUUUAAUUGUUUUUGGGCAGAAUUAUGUGAGGUGUUGUUAGCGAUGAGCCUUGGUCAAUUUGACGAGGAUGGCAUAUUCCAAGCUAAUGUCGCCCUCUUCAAUCUGUCACCUAAUGGGCAGGUCAGCCCUGGAGGAAAGUUUUGGCUCUAAGAAGUAAGAUAACAUAACAUCUGGUUGUUUUUAAAUUACUUUUUUUGACAUUGCUUUAUUUUUGUUCCAAUCUGUGUUACCCACUCCAGUCAGCAGAUGGCAAUGUGAGUUUUUCAGGUAAUGCUUCUUGUGUGACGUAUCAUUUAAUGGACGGGGCGGGAGGCUUCUUCAACAGCGACAAAAGGCCUCUGAUUCAACCAACGCGGUGGUUUGCUAGCGAACAUAAAACAGGAGCAUUUAAGCUCUUUAGACUAAUCCUGUGUAUAUUAUAUUAUAUGGUGUUUAGAACACAAUUCUGUUUACGUAUCUAAUAGUUCAUUUUAACGUAAUUUGCUUCUUAAAUUAGGGAAUGUGUUAACUUCAUACUGCACUAGGCUAAUCGCCCAGAGCAUGAGCUCACUAAACUAGACGGAGAAAAUAAGUUCUGGUGAAAGGAGAGGAAGAAGCUUCAGAAUGAAAAAGGAGGAAGAUUCCGUUACAUUGAAGGAGGAGAAUGUAGUGAAAGGAGAGGAAGAAGCUUUCAGAAUGAAAAAGGAGGAAGAUUCCGUAACAUUGAAGGAGGAGAAUGUAGUGAAAGAAGAGGAAGAACCUUUUGGAGUAAAAGAGGAAGAGGAGGCUAUCUCAAUAAAAGAGGAGGAAGACGUUUUGGAAGUGAAAAGGGAGGAGGAGGAGUCAGAAUAUCCGAUUACCAUCAGAGAGAGAUGUGACUAUCAUGGAUUCUCUGGGGAGCCUCAACAACAUCCUGAUGCUGACGAGGCAGAGAAGAGUCUCUCCAGAACAGAACACCAGAUGGACAACGCUAGCCCUUCCUCCCUCCCGGAGUCCCCGUGUCGUGCCUCUCCCGGUAGCGCCUUACUGCUGGGUAUGAAGAGGUUGUCUGUGCUGCUGGUGGACUGCAGGAAAACAACAGGGCUGAGUGGAACUGUGAGAGGAGGAGACGAGAAGAAAGGAUCAGAUUUGACACAUCAAAGAGAACGACCAGACUCAGAGGAACCAGAGCCAGGGACAUCCAAACCAGCAAGACGACACCAGUGCUCCCACUGUAGAAAGAGUUGUAACCGGUUAUGGGACCUGAAACAACAUGAGAGAAUACACACAGGGGAGAAGCCUUACCACUGCUCACAGUGUGGAAAGUGUUUCAAAAUGUCACGGGACCUGAAACGACAUGAGAGAAUACACACGGGAGAGAAGCCUUACCACUGCUCCCAGUGUGGAAAGCGUUUCAGACAGCCAGGGCAUCUGAAACAGCACGAGAGAAUACACACAGGGGAGAAGCCUUACCACUGCUCCCAGUGUGGAAAGUGUUUCAGACAGCCAGGGCAACUGAAACAGCACGAGAGAAUACACACAGGGGAGAAGCCUUACCACUGCUCCCAGUGUGGAACGUGUUUCAAAAUGUCACUGAACCUGAAACGACAUGAGAGAAUACACACGGGAGAGAAGCCUUACCACUGCUCCCAAUGUGGAAAGUUUUUUAACUGGCCAGGGGAGCUGAAACGACAUGAGAGAAUACACACCGGGGAGAAGCCUUACCACUGCUCCCAGUGUGGAAAGUGUUUCAACCAGUCAGGGGAGCUGAAACAACAUGAGAGAAUACACACAUGGGAGAAGCCUUACCACUGCUCCCAGUGUGGAAAGUGUUUCAAAAUGUCACGGGACCUGAAACGACAUGAGAGAAUACACACGGGAGAGAAGCCUUACCACUGCUCCCAAUGUGGAAAGUGUUUCAACCGGUCAGGGGAGCUGAAACAACAUGAGAGAAUACACACAGGGGAGAAGCCUUACCACUGCUCCCAAUGUGGAAAGUGUUUCAACUGGUCAGGGGAGCUGAAACGACAUGAGAGAAUACACACCGGGGAGAAGCCUUACCACUGCUCCCAGUGUGGAAAGGGUUUCAGCCAGUCGGGGGGGCUGAAACAACAUGAGAGAAUACACACCGGGGAGAAGCCUUACCACUGCUCCCAGUGUGGAAAGUGUUUCCGCCAGUCAGGGGAGCUGAAACAACAUGAGAGAAUACACACGGGAGAGAAGCCUUAUCACUGCUCCCAGUGUGGGAAGUGUUUCAAACAGGCAGGGCAUCUGAAACGGCACGAGAGAAUACACACAGGGGAGAAGCCUUACCACUGCUCCCAGUGUGGAAAGUGUUUCAACCAGUCAUGGGAGCUGAAAGGACAUGAGAGAAUACACACAGGGGAGAAGCCUUACCACUCCUCCCAGGGUGCAAAGCUUUUGCCCAUUUAGGAAGCCUGAAAUAACACAUUAGACUGCACACAGAGCGGAGAAUGCUUACAAAAGCCCAGACUUAGGGAAAAUAUAUCACUCAUAACAGUCUUUUAAACGUCAUUAGAGAAUCCACACAGGAGAGAGAAAUUACUUCUCUUAGCGUGUAUACUGAUAUUUCACAUCACAUUGACUUAAUAUUCAUCAGAGAACAUGCACAGUGCUCCCAUUGUCUUAUAUUGUUGACUGAUAAUGUGUUUACUUGUUUUUACCAUAUGAAAUUAAAUGGUACAAGGUAUACUCAAACAUAUAUUUGUUUGUUUUUAUUAGAAAACAUGAAUUUAAUAUGGAGUAUGUCACUUUGAAUAUAAAGUAGAUCAGAUUCCAUGUGUUUAAAUGGUCCUUUUUAAAACUCUUUGUGUGUGUUUAUCUGGGUGUGUCAUUCCUCCAGCACUACAGAUAAUACAGUGAUAUUUGGAUGUGAUGCAUUUGUUCCAUUGUUUACAUUUGCAUUGUUGGCCCACUGAUGAUUUAAUGAAAUUCAAAUAUUCAGACUGUAACGGAAAAUGUUAAUUGUAUGUGUGUCCACAUAACUGAUUAUGUGACUAACCUUGUGAAACUGUCCUAUUAUAAUCUCCUGUUCUUUGGACCAUCAUUAUGUGUUGCAAACCAGCUGCACCUGCGUCCUUGUAUGAAUAAAGUCCCUCCCAGGAACAGGAAACUAUAAAGAUAUGUGCUCAUCACCCAAUGCUUUGGAAUUCAGACUGUCUACACUGCGCUGUGUAACUCUGUUAUUCUCUCUGAUCUCAGAAAUAAAGAAUCUUGGUUUGA